CCAUGGGUGAGUCUAUCUAGAAUGGUGUUGAUCAAGGCUAUUCACCAUCCAAUUACACGUAAUACUUUUUCUUAUACACAGAUAUUGUACCAUUAUUAUUAUUGUUUUUCAGCUUUGAUAUUCUAGGUUUCAGACAGGCCCAGACCAUGGCCUUUGCGGUUGACGAAAUUAACAGGAACUCCAAACUGCUUCCUAACAUAUCGUUGGGAUACAGUCUUUAUGAUAGCUGCAGCAAACUAGGGAUCUCUUCCCGUGCAGCUCUGUCUAUGACCAGUGGCAGAGGAGAGCCGUUUCAAUUAAAUGAGAGCUGUUACGGUUAUCCUCCUGUGUUAGCAAUUGUGGGAGAUUCUUCCUCAACGCGUACUAUUGCCAUUUCUAGUAUAGUAAGCUUAUACAGGCUACCAAUGGUCAGUUAUUUUGCCACAUGUUCCUGUCUGAGUGAUAGGAGGCAGUUCCCAUCAUUCUUUAGAACAAUUCCAAGUGAUGCAUUUCAGGUGCGAGCUAUGCUCCAGAUUCUGAGGAGGUUUGGCUGGACUUGGGUUGGCCUGCUGAUCAGUGAUGACGACUACGGACACCACGCCGCCCGAUCCUUCCAGUCAGACCUGGCCCAGUCUGGUGGAGGCUGUCUGGCUUAUCUCGAGGUUCUGCCACAGGGAAACGAUGAAGAGGAGCUGCAAAGAAUCGUUGGCAUAAUGAUGAAAUCCACAUCCCGUGUGGUUAUUGUUUUCGCACAUGAGAGCAACAUGCUUAAUCUCAUGGAAGAGGUUCAUUAA